UUUAUUUGGUCGAGAAAAAAAUGCCACCAUCUCAUCCGCUCAAUUAAGCCUUAUCAGCGAAGUUUUCUACUGCCACCGAUUCCACCGCCGGCACGUCAGGCUUCCCCUUAAAACCUACCAGAAGCUUACCUGCAACAAUUCCAAGACUACACAUGGAAGCCCUGUCCCUCACACUCCUCAUCCUCGUCCUCUUCACCGCCAUACUCUCCUUCCUCCUCUUCCCCUCCACUAAGAAACGAUCUCUCCCUCCCGGCCCCCCUUCCAUCCCUAUCCUCGGCAGCCUCCUAUGGCUCCGACACCCCCCUUCCCUCUCCAACAUAGAAACCAUCAUCAGAAACCUCCGUUCCCAACUCGGCCCCAUCAUCACCCUCCGCUUCGGUUCCCAACCCUCCAUCUUCAUCACCGACCGCUCCCUCGCCCACAAAGCUCUCGUCGAGCGCGGCGCCUCCUUCUCCUCCCGCCCACCGCCUCCUCCCACCAGCCCCUUCCUUAACGCCCGCAUCUCAACCAUAUCCUCUUCCCCUUACGGCGACCACUGGCGUCUCCUCCGCCGCAACCUUACCUCCGAGAUCCUUAACCCAACAAAGAUCCGUCUUUUUGCUGAUGGACGCCGUUGGGUCCUCAACCUUCUUAUCCGCGAUCUCAAACCAGAAUCCAAGUCUGAGCAAUCCCCUCAACGCGCCGUGGUUGCCAUGGAAAGCUUCCAGUUAGCCAUGUUUGGCCUCUUAGUCCUCAUGUGCUUUGGAGAGAAGCUUGAUGAGAAGGCCAUAAGGGAGAUUGAAACAUCGCAGAGAGAGCUCCUCCUUUAUUCGAGUAAGAAAUUGCGAGUCUUUGCUUUUGUUCCUAAAUUUCUCUCGAGAUUUAUGUUCCAGGGGAGGUUGAGGACUGUGGAACGGUUAAGGCAGAGGCAGACGGAAGUCUUCCUCCCGUUGAUAAGAGCUCGCAGAGAGAAUCGGAAACAGGGAGGGGAAGCAAGAUUUGUUUUUUCGUAUGUGGAUUCUCUCCUCGACAUCAAUGUGGCAGAGGAAGGGGAAAGCAAACUCACUGACAAAGAAAUGAUACAUCUUUGUUCGGAAUUUCUCAUAGCUGGAACGGAUACAACAGCCACUGCGCUGCAGUGGACUAUGGCAGAGAUAGUAGCGCGGAGUGAGGUGCACGGGAAGCUGGUGAAGGAACUGGAAGCGCUAAAUGAAGAAGAGAUAAAAGAGGAAGAUUUGCAGAAGCUCCCUUAUCUGAAGGCGGUGGUGUUGGAAGGCCUGCGCCGCCACCCGCCGGGGCAUUUCGUGGUGCCGCACUCGGCGGUCAAUGAUGUCGAAUUCGAAGGAUAUCUUAUACCCAAGAACGCAUCGAUUAACUUUACUGUGGCGGAUUUGGGUUGGGAUGAGAAGGUGUGGGAAGAGCCCAUGGAGUUCAAGCCGGAGAGAUUCAUGGCCGGAGGGGAUGGAGAAGGGGUGGAUAUUACCGGGAGCAGGGAGAUAAAGAUGAUGCCUUUUGGGGUAGGGAGGAGGAUUUGCCCUGGGGUUGGGCUGGCAAUGCUUCACCUUGAGUACUUUAUAGCAAAUCUGGUGAGGGAGUUUCAGUGGGAUGCUGUGGAGGGAGAGGAGAUUGAUUUCACUGAGACGACUGAAUUUACAGUAGUGAUGAAGAAGCCUCUGCGAGCUCGGAUUAGCCGGAGAAGGAAGGCUUAUUAAGCUUUUGUGUUCCUUGUAUUAUGUAGUUGUGUGGGCAUGGCUUUACAUGAGCACUUUGCACAAUGAUUAAAUGUUUUCGCUUUUGCACAAAGAACCAUGCCAUUUACAGUACGUUGUGAACUUUGUGAUGGCACCCGUUAUAAAUUUGAUAUAAAAUGUAAGGCUUAUAAACAAUAUAUUUGAAUAA